AUGACGGAGGACACGCGGGCGCUUCGAACGCUCGACGCGCUGCCCGAUGAACUCAUUCUACACAUCCUCUCCUUCCUCUGCCUCGACGUGAACGACCUGCUAUCUGCUUCACGAGCGUCCCAUCGACUGAGAACACUGUCUCUUGAUCCUACCCUACACGUAGCACGACUGCGAUGCUCUCACAACCGCGUCGGCUAUCUCCUCCCUCAAAGGCCCGCACUGCACUCUUUGCAGCCACCGGCGUCGAUGAUAUACCUGACGAGGACACAUCUCGCGGCACGUCGACUGCACUGGUCGUUGGUGUGCAUACGCCUGAACCGAUCACUAUCACGACGACCUAAGCUGUCGACACUAGUCUCUACUAACAUCGUUCCCAAAGAAUGCUGCCGGAUCGACAGAACUUCUGGGGAUUUCGUCUGGGGUGCUGGUGUCGCUGGAGCACUGGUAGAGACGAAACGGAAAGUCGAAAGAGAACAGAUCAAAGAAGGCUUGCGAGUUUGGCUUGAGCGAAAGGCACGACAGAUACGGACACGUAGGGAGGAAGGCGGCGUUGGGAUCAUGGUGUGGCGGCUCUCAAGAAAGAUCAGGAUAUCUGAGGCACAACGACAGUUCGAUGCACUUUAUGAGAAGCCUAGGAAGGAGAAAGUGAGCGGGUUGAAGAGAUUCUUUGAAGGGCUGGGGAGUAAUAGGACGGAGACAGUGUAG